GGAACCCGUCGCACAACCGUUGCUGCUGAAGAAGUGGAGGAGGAUGAGUCACAGCUGCAACGCUUCGUCUUCGGUCCGGAGAGUCACCUGCAGUUGGUUUGGGCGACUUUGUCAGCCCUGUUUAUCGUCUGGGACCUGGUGACCCUCCCGCUGCUCUUUUUCGACCUCGGAGAAUUCGCCCGGCACUUGGAGUACAUCGCACUGGCGACAUUGGCCUUCUGGCUGCUGGACAUGCCCAUGCACGUGUUCUUCGCCGUCGCCACGACGGCGGGCAUGGUCGAGACGCGCCCUUGGGUCUUGGCAAGGAGGUACGCGAGGUCCUGGCUCCUUUUGGACGUCUUCAUCGCGUUCGUGGAUACCUUUGUCCUCACCUUGCACUUCAUGAUGGAAGCUGAUCCGAAUCCGUUGAUGCGCUCAACAAGGUUCUUCCGGCUUUUAAGAUUCGUCCGCCUUGUGCGGCUCUUGCGAAUCGUGAAGUUGGAAAAGCAAGCGAAGUUCAUCCUCGGAAAGUUGCUGUCCACCAACUCCUUGCUCUGGGUCAAGGUCACUGGCUACAUCGCGGUGAUGAUGGCGAUAAACCACGUCAUCGCAUGCUGUUGGUAUGGUGUAGGCUACUACACAAGCGAUCAAGGCAACUGGUUACAAAGAUCCAACAUUGAUGCGGAGUCUUUCCCA